GUUCUCAGCUGUUGGUCAACUGGGAGAGUAUUUACUGGGAGUAGGAAACUUGGAUGAGAGCGAACAAUACUUGAGAGAAUGUCUGGACAUAUGCAGACAUUCACUCCAAGAGAAACAUCCUGAUACAGCAAUUUGUAUGUCUAAAUGUUCUAUAAUGUCAAAUCAGCAUGUGUGUGUAUCAAUGUGUCUUGAUUUGUACAGCAUUGAAAUGUUUGGGAGAAUGUCUUAUGAAAAAAGGAAACAACAAAGAAGCAGAGAAACUUCUUUCUGAAGCUGUCGACAUUGAAGCAGUUGGUCUCCAUCAAGAUCAUCCUGUCAAAAUCUCCACAUUGAUUUUAUGGUCAGAAUGUUUGCUAAAUAUUGCUGACUACACACGUGCCCAGCCUGCUCUAUUCGCUGCUCUUCGAAUCAUCAAUAUUAACCAGCAGCCGAGCAACAGCAGGCAGAGAUCUGAAGUAAUGCGUCUACUAAGGAGACUGAGCCCAUUCCAACGGCCACAAUCUGGGGAGACAAUUAUUGGUGAAGGGAAAGCAGAAGAAGUGGAACAGACAGAUGAGAGAGGAGAUAGACUUGAGAGAAAGUCAUCAAUUGAGGAUGAGGGUGAAGAUCAUCCUGAUCAAUCUGCACCCACAAUGGAAAAUUUUGACAUUUCUGAUCUGUGCCACCCAUUGUGGGUGGGUGGUACAUUGGAAGUGUUGCACGUUGGUAGCAGUGAUGGCUUGUCAUUUCAUGAGACGAUGGGCAGUGAGGGAGGAGAGCUGAGUGCUGGCAGUGUGAGCAUUACUGUUCCAGCGGGUGCCGUUCAAUCACCAACACAAUUCUCCAUUCAUUCAUUCAUGCAUGAUAAGUAUAUGCCUCUCGUCUCUGCUAGUGGCUACCAAGUGGUCAGUCCAGUUAUUUUUCUUGGUCCCCAUGACGUCUCAUUCAGCAAGCCAAUCAAAGUGUGUAUCAACACCAUAGCUGAUGUGACUUCAGCAGGCGGGUCGUUUACUCUGAUGAGAUGUGAAUCAAGACUCGAUGAGACGAAGUGGAGAUGGCGUGGUGUGGUAGUGUAUUCUCCUGAUACUCAGGAAGUGCAGUCACAUAUUCCAUUUGAUCCCAACAGCUGGUCAGUAGAGGUGACCAGUUUUAGUUGGUGGUUGUGGCUUGUUAGUUUUAUUAAGAGCCCAACCAUUUUAUUCAGAAGGAAGAUGGGAUGUGUAGUUCUUGGUCGAAGUCUUUCUUCUUGCAAAUGGUCAUUGUCGGUGCAUCUUUUCAAUUCAUAUGAAGAAAUUGGUCAGAAAAUAAUUCGUGACCAUCAAGGACAUGUAUCGUUGCCUGCUAUCCAGCUCUGUCCAGUAAAAGAAUUUAAUAUUUACUAUGAAGGUCAUGUAGUUAUGAAGCCUCAACUCGGUGCAGAAUGGUCAUUGUGUCGAGGUGAUGCGGAAGUUCAGUAUCCAACCAAAUAUUUGUGGGAUCAACCAUUUGAUCUUGAUCAUUGCUUCACAUUUGUGGUUGAAGCAAAUUGCCCUCGUCCUGAUAGUUUAGAAUUUCCUGUUCAUGUUGAGUACAUCAGACGAGGUGAAGUGGACUUCACUCUCAAACUGGAAGCAGUUCACAAACUGUCCAAAUCAGUUGAUUUGCCAAGUUCCAGUUUACCUUCUCAUUCUCCUUCUCUUCCAGAUGAGGAACAGGAAGCAUUCUACUUCAGUAGUGAAGAGGGUCUACAUUCUUCUGGCUCCACAUCUUCAUCAACAGCAGCAAGGGAUAGAACUUCAUCACAAAGAUCAAUAAAACAACAACCUGCUGAUGUACACACUGUCAGUCAAUGUGAUGUUAGUCCCAUCUAUACGAAAGUUGAAGAGAAAAGCUCAUUGCUAGUUCGUCUUCCUGUUGGAAGUGAAGUUCCUUACACAGGAUGUACUUUGCGGUACAUAGAUACUACAGGUCAGACAGUUGAAGAAGUUCCAGGAGAAAGGCUGGAUAGUCGUACAAUAGAAACUGUUACUCCUGCUUGGCCACAUGCUGAUCGAGUGGAGAUACACAUAUUUUCUUCAGAUGGACAAACUCGUCUCGGAUAUUUUGUACACGUUUUCAUUGAUUUGUCUGCAGAGAUGUUACCUCUUGGUGUCAAUGAUUGUGAGGGUGACAGCAGCAUGCUACCAGCAAUAGUAGAUCAAGGGACAGAGAAAGAACAUUCUUCAGUGUCUGUUGUGAAGAGGAGGAGGUUGUCAAGUUACAGAUCUGAAGAAUUAGAUUUACAAGCAAUUGUGUCUGAUGUACAGUUUCUUGAGGUUGGCAAGGCUGUCAGAAGUCAUUGGUAUGAGAUUGGUAUUCGUCUUGGAGUCGACAUAGAAGAGUUGUCUGAUUGUCAAGAGCGUUUCUCUCGUCAAUCGGCUGCUCGUCUUGUACAUAUCUUUUCAUUAUGGAGAAAACGAGUGUAUAAAGCAACUCUCGCAAGACUCCUGGAAGCAUGCAGACAAGCAGGUGUUGGUGCAGCAGCAGAGAAAGCAGUAAGGAAGGCACAAAAUCAAAAGUGA